AUGCGUAAUGAUGCGUGGAGUUUGAUGAUAAUUCUCUCAACUCAAAAUUUGGCGACGCCAAUUAUAAACGCAAUGUAUAUUGUAAAACUGUUACUUCCUGUCAUUUUAAUUUUUUAUACAACUUCUGCUGAAAAACGUGAGGUCGAAAUUUCCCAAAGUAAAAUAUCGAGGGAAAAAUAUUCUACAGAUUUUAAAUCGGAGGCAACUAGUCGUCAAAUAUUUUCAGAUGCUCUCCUUUCGGAAAAGACCUUAGAAAAACUUUCUGACCGUUUGCGCGUUAAUCCUGCUAAAAUCUGGAGUCUUAAACAUCGUUUUAAAUCUGGACAAGACUUGGGAAUUAACGAGUCGAAAUUGAGCAAGUUUAUUGACUAUCCAAAUAGCGAAAGGCUUGUGGGAAAAUUAUACAAAGUUUUGAAAGGAGAGAGUGUAGAGUUGACCGUGAUUGGAGGAUCCAAUUCAGGAGGGGCAGGUGUGCAGGAAGACGAACCGGGGGGAGCACAAGGAAUUUUUCCUCUAGUCAUCACCGAUUGGUGGGCUAAAGAGAUCACCCCCCUGACUGGCUCAGAACUAGAACUAACUCUUGUCAGUAUUGGUGGCACAAGUAGUGAUUUUUACCAAUACUGUCACCACGGGUAUGUCGAGAACAACCCUGAUUUGGUGAUACUCGAGUCAUCUGUGAAUGACCUCCAUGUUCGGACUCAAUUCCGCAAUGUUAAUCGGAGCCUCGCUUUAGAACAGCUGACUCGGCAACUUUUAUCAUACCCGAGCCAACCCGCGCUGAUAUACGUGAAUUUAUACCAUGGAGAUUAUCACCGAUCAGGUUGUAAAAAUCUUGACGAUUACGGCCAAAGAGCAUUAUCACGUGCAUACAAAAUAACAUCUGUCAGAUGGCGUGAUCUCGUUUGUCCACUUACAGUCGGAAAUGUCCGUGAGCCGCCAACUGGGCUUGAUGUUUUAUGCCGAGAUGAGGACCACGUCAAUUUGCUUGGCCACGCGCAAGUAUCGCUAAUGCUCAUUAAUAUGAUUCGUAAAGCUCUAUUACAAAUCAUAACAAACAGGGAGAAAGUGCGUCAUAGUUCAUUAGCACAAGCUCUACCAAAGCCUGUAUAUAUUAAGACAGCGGACAAAAUUAUUUCCAAUCCACAUUGCUGGACCACAAUUACACCAAAUUAUCAAAAUAAGAUAAAAAACAACUUAGACAUAAAAGUGGUUGAAAAUAAGUUGUUUGUGUAUUGGCCCUUGAUUCGCAUGGGUUAUCGAUGUGAUCCGCCUCGGGUUUGCCGUACCGAUGCCUACAGUGGUUGGGUAGGCUCAACCGUGGGUGCAACAUUGAUUGUAUCAUUCACCGUACCGCGAGUGGCUCCCGACACCCGAUCUGUCGUUUUUGCCACUAGGACAUGUUCCUACUGCGGAAAGGCAAAAGUAUGGAUUGACAAUGAUUUCGAAAAUGGGAGAAUUGUUGACGCGAAGAUAGCCAUGGCACAGACUUCUGUCAAUGUUAUAGCGUUGCGUGUAAAUCCGGGGGUGCACACCCUGACUAUAAGUGUGUUGGAGCCGGCAAACGUGACUGUGGCUGGAGUCAUGUUGGGUCCACCUGAUGGACCAUACUGA